AAUAUAUAAAUAAAAGAAAUACAAAAAUGUCAGACAACUCCAAUUCCCAAACAAAGAAUAAAAGAACACAAACAAAGGAAAUUCUUCUGGCACCCAUUCCCUUCAUAGAAGACAGAGAAAGACUCUCUUUCUCUCUCUCUCUCCUCCUGGAGUUAUCAACCCAACAUAAAGAAAAGCAAUGUUUUUGCUACUUCCAUAGCCAUUAUUUUUUACUUUCUCUCUCUUUCUUCCUUUCUUUCUUCUUUCGAGUCUACCGUAGUACUUACUAGUAGUGUUUUCAUCACUCAGCCCAACUAAAAUCCAACUUUCAGAUUCUUCUCUUAAAACCCCACAAACGACACCCCCAUUCUAUUUCCAUCGAUUUCACUAGAGAAAUAGUAAUUCUAGUAUACUAUUACUUUGGCUUUUUCAUGUUUGUAUUUCCAUCAUCUCUUAAAAAAAUAAACACAAUAUGGAUACCUUAUUCAGACUCGUUAAUCUCCAACAACAACAACAACACAAACAUCAUCAACAACAUCAACAAUCCGAUCAGACAUCCUCUUUCACAACCACAAGUCGAACAACUUCAACAAGUUCUCCUAGAUCCAACAACUAUCCCAUCUCCAUUAAUCAUCUCCAACAUCAUCAACAACAACAACAACAAGAUCAAGAUCAAGAAUGCUUCAACCUUUUCAUGGAUGAAGAAGACUUCUCUUCUUCCUCCUCCAUACAAACUAACUACUACAACCCUUAUAACCACAACCACAACAACCACCACCACCACCACCAACAGCAAAAUCUAACUCCGAUCGCUUGCGAUAUCACAAACGACUUCACCUCUUCCCUCGCUACCGGAAAAUGGGCUUUCGACGUUCUUCUCGAGGCUGCGCGUGCCUUGGUUGACAAGAACAGCGGCCGCCUACAACAACUCAUAUGGAUGUUAAACGAGAUAAGCUCUCCUUACGGAGACGUGGAUCAGAAACUCGCGUCCUACUUUCUCCAAGCACUUUUCGGAAGAAUGACAGAUUCCGGCCAUAGGACUCUUAAAAUGUUGUCAUCUACAUCCGAGAAGAAUUGCUCUUUCGAGUCAACUAGAAAAAUGGUUCUAAGGUUUCAAGAGGUCAGCCCUUGGACCACGUUCGGUCACGUAGCAUGUAAUGGUGCAAUCAUUGAAGCCGUUGAAGGGGAAGCAAAGAUUCACAUUGUUGAUAUUAGCAACACUUAUUGCACUCAAUGGCCAACUCUACUCGAAGCACUCGCGACUCGAACCGACGACACACCUCACUUACGAAUCACGACAGUCGUCUCAACUUCCGGGGGCGGCGGUGGAGUUCAGAGGGUUAUGAAGGAAAUCGGAAGUCGGCUGGAGAAAUUCGCUAGACUAAUGGGAGUUCCGUUUAAGUUCAACAUAAUAUAUCACGCGGGAGAUCUGUCUGGAUUGAACUUAAGUCAACUUGAUUUGAAAGACGACGAGGCCUUAGCUGUUAACUGUAUAGGUACGUUGCAUUCUGUUCGGUCGGUUGGAAACUGUCGGGAUACUGUCCUCUCCAUGUUUCGAAACAUGAAUCCGCGUGUGGUGACUGUGGUUGAGGAGGAAGCCGAUCUCGAAAUAGGAAUCGACGGGUAUGGUUUCCUAAAAGGUUUCGAGGAAUGCUUGAAAUGGUUUAGGGUUUAUUUCGAGACAUUAGAAGAUAGUUUUCCGAGGACGAGUAACGAGAGAUUGAUGCUCGAGAGAGCUGCUGGACGUGCGAUCGUGGAUCUGGUUGCGUGUGAGCCAUCUGAUUCGACUGAACAGAGAGAGACGGCGGAGGGGUGGUCGAGGAGGUUUCAUGGUGGUGGGUUUGGACCGGUUUUAUUUAGUGAUGAAGUGAAUGAUGAUGUUAGAGCUUUGUUGAGAAGAUAUAAAGAAGGAUGGUCAAUGAAUCAGUGUAGUGUAGGCGCCGGAGCCACCGCCGGAAUAUUCUUGACGUGGAAGGAACAGCCGGUGGUUUGGGCUAGUGCGUGGAAACCUUGAUUGAGUUGAGGAUGGGAAAAGUUGAUUUUUUUUAGGGUGACAAUGGUGGUGGGCCACAGGUGCCAAACAAUUUGUAUGGUUUGUGGAUUUUGAUUGGAAAAUGGCCAACUGGGAGAGCAUUGGGCAUACUUUGCUUUUUCAAAGUAAUUUUAUUAUUAUUAAAAAUUAUAUAUAGGACUUAUUAAUAUAUUUAUUUAUAUAUAAAUCCACUUCCUAGUUUUACAUCUUCAAAACUUGUCACUGAUCAAUUCUUAAAACUCUCUAAAAACGGUUUUUUACACUAAGAUAUUAAAUGUCUAGGUUCAACAAUCUCUGUUUGAGUUAGGGUUG